AUGCAUCUCCUCAUAGAUUUCAUCUUGCUCCUCUUCCUGUGCACCCAAGCAAAUUCUGCCGCGACAGACACCAUCUUGGCCGGCCAAGCACUUACUGUCAACGACAAGCUCGUCUCCGAAAAUGGCAGGUACGCGCUUGGCUUCUUCAACACAAGCAGCAGCAAACCCUCCCAAGACACAACCAACUGGUACCUUGGCAUAUGGUUCAAAACAGUCCCCAAAUUUACUUCUGCAUGGGUUGCAAAUAGGGAUACACCAAUCAAGAGCACCACCUCACUAGAGCUCACAAUCUCCCAGGAUGGCAACCUUGUCAUCUUGAACCGGUCCACCAAGUCCAUAAUCUGGAGUACUCAAGCAAACAUCACAAGAAAUAGCACCACUGCUAUGCUCUUGAGUAGUGGAAAUCUCGUCCUAACAGACUUUUCAAACUCAUCAGAAGUUCUGUGGCAGAGCUUUGAUCAUCCCACAGAUACACUUUUCCCUGGGGCGAAGUUAGGAUGGGACAAGGUCACUGGCCUGAAUCGCCGCCUUGUUCCUUGGAAGAACUUGAACAAUCCAGCUACCGGUGUCUAUUGUUAUGCGUUAGACCCCAGUGGUCUCAAACAGUUCAUGCUUACACCAUUGAACUCCUCCAUACAAUAUUGGUCGACAGGUGUAUGGAACGGCGAAUAUUUUCCCUCAAUACCAGAGAUGAAAGUCAGCAACCCAGUUUUCAACACAACAUUUGUCAUCAAUGACCAAGAGAGGUAUUUGACAGUUAACUUAGUCAAUAAAUCUAUGGUUACUCGUAAUGUAAUGGACGUCUCAGGUCAAAGAAAAGCGUUCAUUUGGCUGGAGGACUCACAGGAUUGGACAAUGAUCUAUGCCCAACCGAAACUUCAGUGUGAUGUCUUUGCAAUCUGUGGAUCUUUCACAAUUUGCAAUGAUAAUGCGCUUCCACAUUGCAACUGCAUGGAGGGCUUCACCAUAACAUCCCCAAAGGAUUGGGAGCUAGAAGAUCGAACAGGUGGGUGCUCAAGAAAUACUCCGUUAGACUGCAUUAGCAACAAAAGCACAACUCAUACAACAGACAAGUUCUACUCUGUGUCGUGUGUUGAGUUUCCGGAGAAUGCCCCAAAACUAGAAGCUGCUGCAAGCGCGGGCGAGUGUGCACAAGUUUGUCUGAGUGAUUGCUCUUGCGCCGCAUAUUCCUUCAACGAUGGAAGAUGUUCUAUCUGGCAUAAUGAAUUGCUCAAUAUAAGAGCGCUAGAAUGCAGUGGUACUUCAAGUUCAACUGGAGAAACUCUUUACCUGCGUGUUUCUGCCAAAGAUUUCCAUGGAGUGAAAAACAACAGAAAGGGGAUUGUUAUUGGAGUUGCAACUGGUACAUGUGUUUCUGCUCUAGUUUUAUUUGCACUUGUUGUCCUGGUAAUGAUUUGGAGAAACAAAAGCACGAGCUCUAGCCAUAUACUCAAUGGUGUUCAAGGUUGCAAUAGAAUCAUUGCAUUUAGAUACACUGAUUUACAACAUGCCACAACAAAAUUCACAGAUAAGUUGGGGGCAGGCAGUUUUGGUUCUGUAUUCAAGGGUUAUUUAAAUGACUCGGUAGCUAUAGCAGUGAAAAGGCUUGACGGUGCUUAUCAAGGAGAGAAGCAAUUCAGAGCUGAAGUGAGCUCAAUUGGAACUGUCCAACACAUCAAUUUAGUUAAGCUUGUCGGUUUUUGUUGUGAGGGUUCCAAGAGGUUGCUUGUUUAUGAACACAUGUCAAAUCGCUCUCUUGAUGUCAAUCUAUUUCGAAACAAUUCAACGAUAUUGAGUUGGACUAUUAGAUAUCAGAUAGCCCUGGGGUUGCUAGAGGGUUAG